CGGAACUCGACACCCCCGAGAGUUCCGGUUCCCGAGCCACUUCCUUCGAGAACAUCUCGCGGGAUCCCCAGGGAAUUGCCCUGCAACCCCUCGACCCGGGGGAUGAGGAUUCGGGAAGCAGUCCGUUUGUGAGCCUUUCGCGGGGGAGUUCCGACUCCGCGCGGCAUGGACAGGGCACGAGUGAGCCCCUGCUCCCAACGUCAAUGCCGCCUCUUGCUUCCCCGGGAAAGGCGCGAGGUCGGUUCUCCUCCAUGAUCUCGAUUGUCGGCGCGUGGAUGAAAGGACCCUCGCCUCCGCGGAAAUAUCGCAUUACGCCGUGGUUCUCUCGCGCCCAGGCGGCCCCUGGUCGUCUCGUGGAUCGGUACUUUCCGACCAGGGCGAGGAAAGUGUGGCUUCUUCUGGGCUGCUUGGGGGCUUGGGGGGUCAUUUUUCUCAGUUUCCUGCAUGCGUCGAUUGCCGGUCAGGAGGUCCCGGGGUAUGGGAAACCUGUGAAGCUUUCAUGUCAGGCUCGGUUGUGGUCCAACGCUACCAACUGCGGUAUCAAUGGUGAUAGUUGUCGCCCUUUCGAGAAUGGCGCAUUUGCAUUCCGGUGUCCGUCCAGCUGCGCAGCAGCGAUGGUGCUCGAACCGUAUGUUAUAGGCCCGGAAGAGAUCAACUAUCGGAGCCUGGUCAUCGGAGGGGCUUCUGAGAAUAACGCCGAGCCGGGGAUCUAUCGUGGUGACUCUGCUAUCUGUCCAGCAGCGGUACACGCAGGCUUCGUCAGCGACCAAAAGGGUGGGUGCGGCAUUCUCCGUCGCACCGGCGAACGAUCCGGCUUUGAGCCCGUUGAGAAAAAUGGCAUCUCGAGCGUUGGUUUCCCGUCAAACUUCCCCUUAUCGUUCACGUUUGGAAGCGAAAGCUCAGACGACGACCCCGAACUCAAAUGCCAGGAUAUUCGGUGGUCGUUGUUUGCAUUCUCUCUGGUUGUAACGACGGUGCUGUCGCUCUUCAUCACGUCGCCUGCGGCCUUCUACAGCGUGAUCUACUUUAUAGUAUAUUUCCAGGUGGCCCUCUCGUCCGAUCCGCCUUACUCUCCCGACUAUUACGAAAUAGUGUCCACUGCACUAGGACGGUUGAUUCCUUGUGCUUUCGGGGGAUGGGCGAUGUACUAUUUCUGUGUUCGGCAUACGUUGAAAGAUCUGGACGCUCAUUGGGACAAGACAGUCCUUUGGCUGGGAACCUGCUGGGUUGGAGCGCUCAACACAGACACGUUCGACAAAAUCCCGAUUUCUCGACUCACUCCUCAUGAUAUUGAGCAGCAGCCUGGGGCCAUCCCUGCACUCAUAAUCAUUGUCGGUGUUCUUGUGGCGAUCGUGAUCACCCAAGCCAUUGCCUUCCGCAACGAGGGAAGGAUGCCCCGGAUGCUCGCGCUAUACGGAAUUCUGGUGGCCGGCAUAAUCGCUCUGCUUCUUGUGCCGAACAUGAACCUGCGAAUCCACCAUUAUAUCCUCAGUCUCCUCUUUAUUCCCGGUACCACGCUCCAGACACGUCCUAGCUUGCUGUAUCAGGGACUUCUUGUAGGCUUCUUCAUCAAUGGGAUCGCACGAUGGGGCUUCGACAGCAUCCUUCAGACACCAGGCGCCUUGCUUGAUGGUGCUCAGUUGGGUAGUAUACUUCCCGAGAUUGGCCCACCUCUUGUCCUCACCUCGCAGAACAUCGCGUUCGAUCUUGCCGGUCUGAAGCCUGAAGCCGAUGGAAUCAGCGUCUUGGUUAACGAUGUCGAGCGAUUCCACUCCUUCAAGGCAGACAAUGGCUCGGGAGGUAUGUUCAAUUGGACGCGCCACAGGGCCGACGAGCCCGAGUACUUUCGAUUUGGAUACGUCAACACCAAAGCGUUGGGCGGCAUUUGGUAUGAGGACUUCACUAAACCGGUAACCUGGGAGGCCGAUGGACGUUGGAAUCAAUCGGACCGGACUUGAAGACCUUCUUUUGGUGAUUCUGGAUACACCUAUAUAUACCACUCUUAGACGGAUCAUUGGUGUCUUUGACUGAAGGCGCCGAGUGUACAGUAUUUUUACAUUGACGGCCGCUCAAUUGGAAAGCAACUCUCGCCCGGCUCUACUUUAUCUGCACCUGAUCUGCGAAGCAUUUUGGAUGAUUACUCG